GAGAGAGACUCAUCGGAGAUAAUUUCCCCAGAAAGCAUCUAAGGUUUCCCGGAAAAUAAAAAUGCCGACACAAGACGAUGUUCAAAAUCUUCCAAUCGACAUCACCUUCUCUCGUCUCGGAGAAUGGUUGGUGGAUCGGAAGAGAAUUCCGGCGGAUUGGAGGAAGAGGGUUGCUGCGAUCAGAGUCAAAAUCUUAAAAGAGUUUUCUUCUUUGCCUAAAGAGAUCGAUCCAUUCUUUCAAACCCUAGAUCCUGAAGUGAUCGGUUACUUGGAGGUAAAAAAGAUAUAUGAGAUUCUCCUGAAGACAACUCCGGAAAGCCGUAACAUCUUUGGUCGACUUUCGGGUGCUUCUGGAGUUUGGGAAGCAAUUGUUCGUGCGUUUGAAAAAGAUCACAUUUUUCUUGGGGAGGCAGCUCAGUUUAUAAUUCAGAAUGUCAAUUACGAAAUCCCAUAUCUGAAAAAGCAAGUGCAAAAAGUUCAGCAACAAAUGGCGGAACUUGAUCGUAAAGAAGCUGAUAUCAAAAGGAGCGUUGCACUCUCAGCAACAAAAUAUGAGGAUGCUUGCCGAGAGCUUGGAUUGCAGGGAAACAAUGUAAGGCGUGAGCUUUUGGAGACUGCGAGUUCGCUUCCUAGUACCUUUAGUAAGAUUCUGGAAGUUAUCAACAGUGACUCAGUAACAGGGGCAAUGGAGUACUACUCCGCCUAUGUUAAAGAUGUUCAUACUGAGAAAGAUAAGCCUUUGAGGAUUGUCUUACAAAACUUGAAAGACAUUCGUGAAAACCCUCCAUCAUUAAGCGUUUUGGGGGCCUCUGACGCUCUUGAUGCUGAUAAUAUUCAGUCGUCUGAGAAUGCAAAUGGUACAGAUGCGGCUGCAGACAGCAUUGAUUGGGAUAUUACGCUUGAUACUGCUGAGAUAGAUUGGGAUGUUAGUAUGGUAGAAGAAGUUGAUAGUGGAAAUGAUCUAGGUUCAUAUGAGAUUGUCAAUGCCAGCGAUAUUCCUGAGAAUUCUCCAUUUAAAGUGGAAGAAAGCCAAGGCCAUGAGGUUGAUGUUUCUGAGAUUUCUUGGGAUGUAAGUGUUGAAACACCUCAGGUAGAAGAAAUAGGUGAUUCAGCUUUGCUAGAAUCAAAUCAGACACAGUUGACAGAUACUACAACCCAAGUCUUAGGGAGUGGAGGAGAGAGGAGCCAGCUGUUGGAGACAGAAUAUAGGAAUAAGAUCCUUGAUGAUUUGUAUGAGGUCAAGGCAUUUUUGAACCAGCGUUUGAUAGAGCUGAGAAAUGAAGAUACUCUCUCCUUGCAACACCAUGUGCAAGCAGUCGCCCCCAUGGUUCUUCAGCAGUAUUCUCCUGAAACCAUAGAGCCAAUGGUGGUUGACAUCUCCAUGGCCAUUUCAUUGCUAACAAACAAGAAAUUUCGGGAUCUGAUCAUGAUUCUCAACUCCAAAAGAUUCCUAGAUAGGCUUGUUUCAGAGCUGGAGGAGAAGAAGCACCGUGAAGUGAAGUUAAGAGAGAGCUUGAAAGAUGUCAGUAGAAGACGCAUGGAGCUGCAGAAUUCACUCUCUUCUAUAUGGCCAAAACAGGAAGCUGCACUUUCGAAGACAAGAGAACUGAAGGAGCUAUGUGAGACAAGUCUCUCUUCCAUGUUUGAUGGAAGACCUGUGAAUAUAAGAGGAGAGAUCAAUACAUUGCUGAACGCAGGGGUUUCUGCUUAGUUUGAUCUUUGGGAUUGGCUAGAAAACUUAGUUUCAGAACACCAAGUGACUCAUGUUUCUUACUUUAGGAUUUUCCCUUGUUUCAAACUCUUCUUUAUUUCUAUUAUAUACCAAGAAAUUUCCUUUUACCAA